UACCCAAGUCGGCUCGCUGUAUCCUGACAUCAGCUAGAUCGGAGCGCAUCGCGCCAUGAGACUGCUGCCGGCAUCUUUGCAGAACGCCUCGAGUUGUGAGGGCUGGGUCGAGAAGCCUGGAUAUCCCAAGCUAGAUGGGUGCUGGAUUCACGCGCCACAGGCAGGCCAGACCUUGCCGGAGUUCCAUUUUGAAGAGGAUCACGAGAAGACGCGGGGCGAACCGCCUCCCUUCCUGUACCUGGGCUCUGGCUCGGACUGCCAGGUUCGCCUCACAAGCAGCUUUCCAAAACGCCUCUGCCGGCUCUUCAAGUACGGAAAGCGUUGGUUCCUGGAAGCCUUGCUGCCGAACCAGGUGCGGCUGCAUGGUGAGUACCUGACGGCGGGGCAGCAAGAGGCGUUGCAGGACCGGGACCUCAUCGACUUGCCCGAGGGGGCCUACGAGAUCCACAUCGAGGAGCACGAGAGCCGGUACCUGGAGGAGCCGCCCUUCCCCAACCGGUUCCCUGCGCGAUGGCCGCUGCGGUCGUCGCUGGCAGAGGCCCCGGAGGCCCCGGAGGAGCUGCGGCGCCUGGCCUGGCAGACGGACCAGAUGCGCCGGGGCUCAGAGCAGGACCAGGUUCGUGUGUCGGAUUGGUCCAGCUUUUCCCAGUACGUGAAGCAGCACUACCUGCGCCACGGCAUCGACUGCGUCACGUGGAAGGCCUGCCGUUCGCAGGCGCUGGACGCCAAGCCUCCGAGCCGCGCGCCGCGAGCCCUGGCGCCGUGGCUCCAAGAGCUGCUGGUCUCCGAGAGGCAGCUGCCGGGACUGCAGCGCGAGCUGCCCUUUGCCAGCUGCCUCCGAGCAUCGGGCGUGGAAGUUCAGACCAUGUCGCCUCUGUCGCUAGCGACACCGGUUGCUCCGGCCGCGACACGGGCUGCGCCAACUGUGCCGUCUGGACUACUGGCACCGGCUGUGACACAUGAGCAUUCCGUGCCAUCUGCUGUGUCAACCGAGCCUGCAGCAGUGGCGGAAAUGCCGACGACGGACGAGAUCUCUACUGCAGAGACCCCUGAAGCUCCCAAGGCGUUGCAGAUGCCAAUACGGGAGUGGCUGGAAUCCAUAGACGAUUCCCUCUUCAUGCUGCAGUACUACGAGGAGAUCGUCUCUCACUUUGACUCGCUGAAGCAGAUCCAUGACAUCUAUGUUCGUGACAGCCAGGUGGAUCCUCAGUUCUUUGCCGCUGCCGGUGUUUCCAAGCUAGGCCACAAGCGGAUCAUCGAGAAGUGGUUCCGGGAGCACUGCUCGCCCGGCUGAAAGGCAAGCGGGUGGCUCCCCGGAAGGCGACAGUUGAACUUCACGUGGCCGAGGGCGAGCUGUUGGACGUGCUGAACACAGGGCUCAAACGCAUUCCACCGUAGCUGAUACAAGAACGACACCGGCACGAGAUGUCCCUCGGAGGCCUGCGAGACAACUCGCUUGCUGCAUUUCUUGGGCAUGCACGCACUGACACAACAUGUAGGCUCUGGGGCGCUGGCGCAUUAGGUG